AUGGAUGAAUCAAUUUUGUCCGUUCGUUCAUAUAGAGUUGAUCGACGUAAAGGUGCAAUUGUUCGAUAUGGAAAUGAAGAUCCAAAUCGUGUUAUAUCUAUUGAAGAACUUGAAAUUAAUGAAUUAACAGAAACUUCGAAAAACCCUGAUGGUUCUACAGUGGAGAAAACAACAACGAGAAAAAACACCGAAACGAGAACAUGUUUAUAA